AGGAUCUGUUCCCCGAUCGGAGGGUGCAUGCUUUAUUCCCCCACCGGAAAGUGACUCCUAAUCAGUGACGACAUUUCCCUUCUCAUCGCCCAGUGAAAGUUUUUUUUUUCUGCUAAAGACGCUGGCAGGAAAAAGUUUGGAAGUGUUUCAAGAGCGACGCAUUUUAAACCGAUACAGCUAUUUAAAGGAAACGGUGGCAAAAUCGGGACAAAAUGUCUUCUCCCUCUAGGCGGCUGCAGACCAAACCCGUGAUAACAUGCCUGAAGACCUUCCUUAUUUCUUACAGCCUGAUAUUCUGGUUCACAGGAGUCAUUCUGCUGGCGGUGGGUGUUUGGGGAAAGGUGAGUCUAGAGGCAUACAUCUCCCUGGCGACGGAUGAGGGCACUAACGCCCCUUACGUCCUCAUUGGAACUGGCGCGGUCAUUGUCAUCUUUGGCCUGUUCGGCUGCUUUGCCACUUGCCGCGGAAGCACCUGGAUGCUGAAGCUGUAUGCCAUGUUUUUGACGCUGGUGUUUUUGGCUGAACUUGUGGCAGGAAUCUCCGGCUUCCUCUUCAGACACGAGAUAAAGGCCAAAUUUAGCAGCAAGUAUGACGAAGCUGUUAAAAACUACGACGGCAAAGACCACACAAGCCAGGCGGUGGACACCAUCCAGAGGAGUCUGAAAUGCUGUGGCGUAAGAAACUACACGGACUGGGAGAACACCAGCUAUUUCAAAGAGGAUGGCAUUCCCGCCAGCUGCUGCAAGGACACCACCAACUGCACCCCGGAUGUCCGCAAAGACCUGGAGAAGGCCGCCGACGAGGUCUACGUCACGGGAUGCUUCGUGCUGGUGACAGGUGUGAUGGAGUCCAACCUGGGAAUCAUUGCAGGCAUAUCCUUCGGAAUAGCGUUCUUCCAGCUCAUUGGGAUUUUCCUGGCCUGCUGCCUGUCCCGGUACAUCACCAACAACCAGUAUGAGAUGGUCUAGCCUCAAUACGGGAGCUGCUGUCUCACAUGAGGACACAAAUGGAUGCUGCCUUAAAGGGAACUCUCAACUCUCAUAGUUUUUAACCUUGUAUUUGUGUGUGUGUGUGUGUGUGUGUGUGUGUUAGCCCUUUUCGUUUUAGAAAUGUCUUACUGCUUUUUAAGCCUUUCGAUUCACUGUAGCUUCUGAAGGGAAGAUAAAAUGAGAAUUACUUAAGGGACCAUUUUUGUGAACUGUCUCACAGUGUUUCAAGCUUCUAAUGUUCCUUGACGGGAUUAAGUUGUGACUUAUGCCUGUAACUUAUUUUCAGAUAAGAUGUGAUAUAUGGUUUGAAAUCUGCAUCAUGAAAAUGUAUUGUUAGUGGAGUCGCUGUUCUCUUUCUGCCUGAUACAUAUCCUGUCCUUUUUGUUAUGGUAUUUUUUGCUCUCUGCUGGACUUUGGAUUUAUGGUUCUUGCAUCUCGGCAUUAGAAAGUAAUAACAUUAUCAGUAAAUUACUUUAAUGGAAUUAUGGUCUUCAUUAAAAUUUUGCAUUUCUCUGUGUUGCUAUUUCCAUGUGUCUUAUUGGCUGCAAAUGAAUCACAUUGUAAAGCAAACAGAUGGGACAACACCUGGAAUUUAAUGAUUCUUCAACAAAACAGUGAAACAUCCGAAGACCGGUCACUGUGACUCAAAAAGAGGCCAACGUGCAUAUUCAUUCAAGUAAUUCUUCAUGAAUGGAGAGGGUAGAAAUGAUCCAAUUGAUCGCCACCUUGUGGUGGAAGGUGAACCUGAAUGGAGGGUAUUUGAUUCUAUAGUUUUCUCUCAAGCAAACCGGAAAGUCAUGCUCCAGUAAACUGUAUGGCUUAUCAUAAGGUAUUUGGUGUAGUUAAAGUAUUUACAGUGAUUUAAGUAACUAGCCUUAAGACAUACCUAAUUCAUUCUUUGAGUUUUUUGGAUCUACCUGUAUUUGUACAAAGAAAUUACAUCAGUAUUAAAAUCUACCUGUUAACUUUCCGAAUGAUUAUUUCAGCUUGUAAAAUGCUUGAAGAAAGAAUAAAUUUAAAAUUGAUUAUAACGCAAA